AUGGAACAGAUAGAUUUGGUCAAUACGAAUAAGAUUGCAGCGGGGGCCAACAAGGGUUCGGUGCGUGUGAUAAACGGGCUGGGGAAGUUGAUGGGGUCUAAGGCGAUGGUGGCGGUUGAUUAUGAGAAUGACUCUAAUAUGGAGUAUUUGUUGGCACGUGAUCAGGAGGAGAAGGAACUAUAUCGGAAAAAGAAGCAUAUAUCGGAGCAGCCCUGGACGUUAAAUAACUGGCAUAUGCAUUUGAACUGGUUGAAUAUGAUUUUGGUGGUUGGGGUGCCUGUUAUUGGGUGGUUUUUGGCUUUGUCGGGGCGGGUGCCGCUGCGGAUGCCUGUGUUGGUAUUUGCGGUAGUGUAUUAUGCAGUUGGUGGGCUGUCGAUUACGGCAGGGUAUCAUCGGUUGUGGUCUCAUCGGUCAUAUAGUGCCAGGUGGCCGUUGCGGUUGUUCUUUGCGGUUUUUGGAGCUUCUUCGGUUGAGGGGUCGAUCAAGUGGUGGGGGCAUUCGCAUCGGAUCCAUCAUCGGUUCACGGACACUGCGAGAGAUCCCUAUGACGCACGUCGAGGGCUGUGGUAUUCGCAUAUGGGAUGGAUGUUGUUGCAGCCUAAUCCGAGAUGGCGUGCGCGGGCUGAUAUUCAGGACUUAACUGAUGACUGGGUUGUUCGGUUCCAGCAUCGUCAUUAUCUUGGACUGAUGGCUUUUGCGGCUUUAGUGUUUCCAGCAUUGUUCUGUCACUUUAUAUACGGCGAUUUUCUGGGAGGUCUUGUUUAUGGAGGGAUUUUGCGUGUGUUUAUGAUCCAGCAGGCUACGUUCUGCAUCAACUCGUUAGCACAUUAUCUAGGGGACCAGCCCUUCGAUGAUCACCGUACUCCUAGGGAUAAUUGGAUUACAGCCCUGGUAACUUUUGGUGAAGGUUACCACAACUUUCACCAUGAAUUCCCUACUGACUACAGGAAUGCUAUCAAAUGGUAUCAAUACGAUCCAACAAAGCUCUUCAUCUACUGUGCGUCUUUAGUUGGUCUCGCGUACAACUUGAAGAAGUUCUCCCAAAAUGCUAUUCAGCAGGGGUUAAUUCAACAAAAGCAGAAGAAAUUGGACCGCGAACGUGCCAAGUUGAACUGGGGGACACCAUUAUCUGAUUUACCAGUGUGGGACAAGGCCGAAUUUAUGAAGGAGACGAAAGCCAAUCCGGGUUUGGUCGUCAUUUCCGGUAUUGUACAUGACGUUACUGGGUAUAUCACUGAACAUCCAGGUGGCGAAACCUUGAUCCGGGCAUCUCUUGGCAAAGAUGCUACCAAGGCCUUUAAUGGUGGUGUGUACUUGCACUCCAAUGCUGCACAUAAUAUUUUGGCAACAAUGAGGGUUGCCGUAGUGAAGGAUGGACAGGAUGCUGCUUCCAGGUUUGUUGCAAGAAGGGGUGAAACCUACGUAAAGAAGAUCGCUUGA